GGUUUGGAGUAAGAUUCAUACCUGCUUCACCAGUGAUUUUCAAAGGAGGCAAAUCCCAUUUGACGCUAAAGUCACAGAAAGAGAUUUGGAAUGAGGAAACAAAUUAUAGCAGCCUGCAAGUUGUAGAAUGAAGAAAUGCAAAUGUAAAGUACUGAACUUUGUUACGGAUAGAUUUACCAAAGAGAAUUACUCUGCAUAACAUGAAUAAUGGAGUUCAGAAGGAAGCCCAUAUCCCAGGUACAGGGGAAACUCAGAGACUUCCUCGGUUGUGCCGUUUUACUGAGGUUGGGUGGAGUCAACACGUCAUGGAUAAAGAACUCCCUAAAGGCAGUCCCAGGGAGCCCACACUGAACAUCAAGAAGUCAGACAAAUCCUUCAAACGCAAGAAGCCCACCAAAAAUGUGCUGAUCUUUUUAAUCAACAGACAACUGGGCAGGCACAGAAGUGACAUCGACCUGUCAAGAUGGGUGUGGAUGCUGUCAUAAAGCAACUCCAGGGUGGACAUGGCCUUGGACAAAAAGUCAUGUGGCUUACGUGCUGAAGCCUGCCCAGAUCUUUGAGAAAUUAAAUAUAAUUAGAACAAUAAACUCCUCCCAUGUUUGAGUCA